CCUAUUUGUCUGUGGUUCGCCUGAUUUCGCUAGCGUUUUAAAAUUGCGUUCUUCGCGUUUUUUUAAUAUAAUCAAUCAAAUAAUCUCGCCUUCCUUUCACUUUUGGAGAAAACUCGUAUGUAUGGUGAAAUUCAAUUAAUUGUCGUGUCACAUUUUGUUCUAAAUUAGUACUUACCGAAAACGAUACGUCUUCACUCUUCAAAUAAACAAUAUCAAGAUCGUAUGCGAUGAUCUAUUGACACUAAAUUAAAAUGGGUUUGGACUUCGAUGUGCUAGAGUUUUGUAAGAAGCUACGUCAGAACCGCCCUCCACCGUAUCAGUGCCCUUUAGACAAAUGUGACAAAGUAUACAAAAGCUUAUGCGGCUUGCAAUACCACUUGGUUAAUUAUGAUCACGAUAACCCGACACCGGUGACUCCGGCGGUCGCAAACAACCGCAAGAAAGGGAGAACUAUUCGGGCUGCGGUGCCAACGGGGGACAUCGCCCUCCAGAGCCCACCAAAGGAAGCCUUAACCUUUGCUGAGGCACAGAAAGUUGUUCAGUUUGAAAUUGAUGGCAAAAUAAGUAGAAUUCCUAUUGACCAGCCAGUGCCAAUAAUAUCUUUAGAGGAAUGGGAGAAAAAGAAUGCUGAGUUGGAAAAGCCUCUUCCUUUCAUUGAACCACAACCAGAACCUCAUGUUAAGCUUCCUGAAGCUACUUUCAGACUCAUUGAAGACUAUAACGAGAGAGUAUGUGAUGCACCACCUCGGCCAAAUGCCUACAUCCGUUUCAUUGAGAAGUCUGCUGAAGAACUUGAUGGAGAAGUGGAAUAUGACGUAGACGAAGAAGACACAGCAUGGCUGGCUAUUGUAAACAAGAAUAGAACAAAACAAGCUCUGCCACCAGUCUCUGUUGACACUUUGGAACUGUUGAUGGAUAGAUUGGAGAAGGAGUCAUAUUUUCAAGCAUCUCAAAAUGGUCAGCAGACAGCAGCAACUGUGGAUGAGGAUGCAGUUUGCUGCAUUUGCAUGGACGGCGAAUGUCAGAACACUAAUGUGAUUUUGUUCUGUGACAUGUGCAACUUGGCAGUUCAUCAGGAUUGUUAUGGGGUGCCCUAUAUACCAGAGGGACAAUGGUUGUGCAGGCGGUGUUUGCAGUCACCCUCUCGCCUCGUCAAUUGUGUCUUGUGCCCGAAUACGGGAGGUGCAUUCAAACAGACAGAUCAAGGGACAUGGGCGCACGUGGUUUGCGCUCUUUGGAUACCAGAAGUGCGGUUCGCGAAUACAGUGUUUUUGGAGCCGAUAGAUUCGAUAGAGAUGAUCCCGGCAGCGCGCUGGAAGCUGCAGUGCAUGGUGUGCAAGCAGCGCGGCGCGGGCGCCUGCAUCCAGUGCCACCGCAGCAACUGCUACUCCGCCUUCCACGUCACCUGCGCGCAGCAGGCCGGUCUUUACAUGAAGAUGGAAGCAGCAGGUUCGGGGCGGGACCCCAGCCAGCCAGUGCAGGUCGCGAAAAUGGCUUACUGCGAUGCUCACACCCCUGCACACAUCUUGCAGGAAAGAAGAGCUUUAGAAUCUGAAGGAGACAACAAACCGACCGAUCUGUCAGCCAUAAGGCAGAAAGGAAGAGAGAAAAUUAAACAGGCGAGGCGGGUGCUAGCGCUAAAGAGAACCUGGGCACCCGUAGUACUAGUGCCAACGUUACCCGCUGAGCGAGUCGCUGAGAUCGCUCAGCUCGCUCACGGGCCACCGGCGGCGCGCGCUCAGCUGAUGAAGCGCUUGCUCGCUUAUUGGACGCUUAAGCGACACAGCAGGAACGGCGUGCCUCUGUUGCGGAGGCUGCAGAGUCUCACUAGUCACCAUGGUAGCCGAGGUAUCCAGGAUGGUACAGUUAAUAUUCGGGAACUAUGUAAUCAACUUAAGUACUGGCAGAGAAUACGACAGGAUUUGGAAAGAGCGAGGUUGCUUUGCGAGUUGGUACGCAAGAGGGAGCGGCUGAAGGCGGAGUACACGCGCGUGUGGGAGCGCUGCGUGCUGCACUCGCUGCGGCCCGAGAGAGCCGCGCUGCACAAGCUGUUGCGGCUCUUGCGGCACGCCGACCAGAGCGACGUGUUCACCGAGCCCGUGGACCCGCUCGAGGUUCCAGACUACAGUACCAUAGUGAAACACCCCAUGGACCUCAGUACGAUGGGGAAGAAACUGGACAAAGGCGUGUACAAGACCAUAGACGACGUGGAGGCUGACUUCCAGCUCAUGAUCGACAACUGCCUGACAUACAAUAACAAGGACACUGUGUUUUAUAAGGCGGGCAUAAAGAUGCGGGAGCAGUGCGCGCCGAUAUUCCGUCAAGCGCGUCGCGACGUGAUCGAGGCGGGCAUGCGCGACGUGGCGGGGCGCCGUCGCAGCGUGCGCCGCUCCACCAGCGACAGCGACCGCACCGCGGACACUCGCAGCGAACGCGGCGUGUCGCUGGCUCGCAGUGAGCGGCGCCACACAAGCCUCCGCCGAGAUCUGCAUACAGACGAUGACAACAAUACGCGAGACAACUCCCCAGUGGAGGUUAAGAGCAAAGUGAACAGGAACUGGUGGCGGGGCCGCGGGCGGGGCAGAGGCCGGCGGGGGCGGCGGGGCAGGGGCCGGGCGGCGCACGCCGUGUCCCGACUGCCACGAGAGCCUAGAGAAAUCGACACACCCACAACGGAUUCAGAAGCGCCGGUGAUCACAAGGAAAAGCGUUGAACGCACUCAGAAGUUGGCCACGCCGGAGAGGUCGCCGUCGAAACAACCUGAGACGACUGGCUUAGGACUUUUGGGUGGCCUCAGAAAACCCACUUUGCUAGUAAGCCCUUCCACGCUAGCAACACCUUCAAAAAGUUUUGGGGCAGAUGCAACGUUGCCCACAUUAUCAGCCAGCUUGGGACGGAGCAGCGCACAGCUCGAGGCGUCUCCUCGGAAGAAGGGGCGCGGGAGACCACGCAAACACAAGGACAAGUCCGCCACAUCGCCUGAUCUAUUCAGGGGUAUGGGAGAGGGCGCGGAAAACGGAGGUGCUGGUGUGCCGGGGGGUGCAUCUUUCCUGCAGUACAGAGGACCCCCUGGUGAGGUGGGGUCGGACAGUGAUCUAGCUUUAUCCAGGUCGUCCAGCAGCAGCUCGGUGUGGUCGCAGUCGUGCUCGUCGUGCACGCACUACGACGACGAGAACGCGUCCGAGCACUCGUGCUCCUUCAGCUCCACUGACGGGUCAAGUUACAACGAAACGCUGGACUCGACGGUAGAGGGCGGCAGCGGGCCCGAGCCGCGCAGACGCGGGCGGCGGGCCGCUCGAGCCGACGUGUCCGACGCAGAGCCCCCUACCACACCUGUCAAGGGCCGCGGCACAAGGUCGUCUACUUCAAAAACGCCAGUGAAAUCUAAUCAACCGGACAUUAAGCUGGAUCCCUUGCAACUGGUGUGGGCUAAAUGCAGAGGCUAUCCCUGGUACCCAGCCCUGAUAAUAGAUCCAAAGAUGCCGAAAGGAUAUAUUUACAAUGGAGUCCCACUGCCCGUGCCACCACAAGAUGUUCUCAACCUCAAGAAGAACUACUCCCACGAGCCUGUCCUAUACUUGGUACUAUUCUUCGAUGUCAAACGUACAUGGCAAUGGCUUCCACCGAAUAAACUAGAACCGUUGGGUUUGGAUAAAACUGUGGAUCAAGCUAAACUGGUCGAGUCGAGGAAACCCACAGACAGGAAGGCGGUGAAGAAGGCCUACGGUGAUGCGAUGCAGUUUAGGAAACAGGUUGACGGAGAUAAAUGACACAGGUUUAGGUAUCGGUCCAGGAGACCGACCAGGAAUAGAGCGUUCAGCUUUGGGACAUUCUCCAUGAUGCACAUUCGAACACCUGAGACUACCGAUUCCAGCGAUUAAAAUUGUGGAUAUUCUAAAUGUUUACAUAUGAAAAUGAAAUUCAAAAUUCAACACCCCAAAUACUUUGUUUGGUAGAGCAGAAAGCAUUAGAUAUGUAGUAUAUGUUCUCACUAUUAUCAUUAUUCUGAUCUUAUAAUACAUAUUAAACAUUUUACAUAUUGUAGACUACUUUAGGAUCAAUUUUGAAACUAUAAACAACUUUGUACAAAUUGUAAAAAAAAAAACUAUUAUUAUGAACCAGGUUACUAUUUUCACCAUAAAUAUUAAAUAUAUUAAUAACUUUAAGAUACAAAAUUAUUUACACACAAUAUUGGACUUUUGACUAAUCUGUAAAUAAUUAUAACAUUUUAUAAGUAAAUCUGAAGAUAUCAAAAGUUAACACGCAAAUAACAGUAAUGAAUAUCAUAGUAAUUAUUAAAUAUUGUAAUCUCAAAAUAUUGACAAAUAUUUAAAUAUUGGCAUAGUUAUUGUUGAAUUGAAUAAGGAUUCAAUUACGGAUGAUAUAUCUAGUAUUGUAAUUAAUGUACAUUUAGCUAUCAUUAGGCACUGCAUCUACUCACGCUCCAUAUAAGGUUAAGUUGUGAUAUUGUGUUGCAAGAUGAAUAUGUCUUUAUUUCACGAGAACCUCAACCUUUUAUUUAUAACUCCAAAAUGAUGUGCGGAUGAAGAUGGCGGACUGGCUGUUUUAAAUCCACCCCCAUGAUAUGGAUAUCAAAUGAAAGGGUUUGCUGUCAGGAAUACGUAAAAAUAGUCACGUGGCGGACAGGCUAUUUGAAGUGCACCCCCCUUAUAUGGGUAUCAAGCGUAUUUUUUAGUUUUUUAAUGUAAUCAUGUUAUUAUUUGUUCAGUUAUUCUAAAUUUUUAAUGGUACUAUGUUACUGUUAAACAAAAUAAAAACAAAAUGAUUUUUUAGCUUCAACAGUUUAUGGUAGGCCUAGUAUUGUUUUUCGUUUUAAAGAAUAUUUGCCAUAUUUUUUAUAAUAUGACCAAUACUCACAUUCCCCUCCAACUAGUCGGGAAAGACUGUACUAGGAGUGGGUACGGCAAUAGACCAACAGGGCGGGGAUUGAACCACCAUCUCUCAGUGAUGAGUCCAACCGCUCUUACCGUUGAGCUAUUGAGUAGCUCAAUAACAGUAGAGUAUGCAUCAAUGACAUAAAUAUCUCUUGAAUGCAUAAAUAAUAUUGUCGACCAAUAGCAGCAGAGUUGAAAAUAUCUCUUUCUGUUUACAAGAAGUACAACAUUAUCCAAAUGUAUGUGACAAUGACUAACAUUUUUACAUAAAAUCGCGACUAUAUUACGUAGAUCUGUAUUUAUUUCCUCUGUAUAGAAUUAAUGAUCUGUAUGUGGUUUAUUUAUUGAUAUAAUUGAAUGUUUAUCAUAAAUACAGUUAUUGUGAAAUAGACUUGUAAUAAAAUUGGUAUUGUAACUUAGGCUGGCAGUUGUUAUAUUGUUAAUAUUUAUAAGUGUUAACUACUUUGUGUUUGUCUGAAUAAAGUAUUUGAAAAACAACAAUUC